UAAUCAAGUAACUCAGUUCAAUCACCCAUUUUUUUAUGCUCCAACCAUGGAGUCCAAUACACGUAUUAUGAAGGUGAACGGCAGCCCGGGUUCAGUGCACCCAAAUCGAAGGCUGGAUACAAAAGCAGUUAACGCUUUAAAACAUAUUUGCAUGCUUGAGAGAGCAGCGCCAGCACGUACCCAAAAUACGCAACUAGGUUUUUAAUUUUGGCGCCUCAUUAAUCGAUAAUCGAUUAGCGGUUGAUCGAGAGAAAUAAAUAUCGCUUGUUUACCAUCUCUAGCAGAAGAGAAGAUCGCGAAGAAGAAGAACAUUAAGAUCGGACACAAACAAUAAAGAAAUUAAACAAUUUGCCGUAACUUAACUGUUUUCCUCGGUUUAAGGGAGUCUAGCUGAAAAGAGGCAAGAGGAAAAGAGAUGGCUUUCCUUUGCCCCGUGCGCAUGCGGCGCGACAAAAAGAAAGCCACAAAUGCCAGCAUUGAAAGGGAUUUGCCAGUUGUGGGAGGACUAGGCAUGGGCCGUAUAACAGGUUCCUCCAGCAUUGAAACUCUGGUGCGGGUGGGCAUCGAAAAGGAACACGGGCUAAGUCCCGACUCCAAAAUGGUUGUGCUGCAUGACUUCACUCCCUGCGUUGAUGAUGAACUGGAGGUGAAGCGGGGCCAGCUGGUCAACAUCCUGUACAGGGAAAACGACUGGGUCUAUGUGAUUGGCCAGGACUCGCGACAGGAGGGUUUCAUACCCUUCUCUUAUUGUGCUCCCUGCAACACCCAGUUGGCGGAUUUGGCUGUCAAAAAGAAACUGCCAAGGGAUCAGUGUCCUGAGCAGCCAAUCGACGAGAAUCUGCCACUCCUGGGCGCGGAAAACAAACUGGAUGUGCUCUGCGAUGAAACUUUAAAUCCCGGUUCAGCCAAGAGUAUGGAGAACAUUCUGCUGGUGGAACCAGAGUGCACACCCUUCGUCAAAGAACCCUCCGGACGUUGCAUCGUUUUGUACACCUUUAUAGCCCGUGAUGAGAAUGAUUUGUCCGUGGAACGGGGCGAAUUUGUGACCGUGCUGAAUCGCGAGGAUCCUGAUUGGUUUUGGAUCAUGCGCAGCGAUGGCCAGGAGGGAUUCGUGCCGGCCAGCUUUAUUUAUCCGGCAGACAGCGUGCGAGUUUUGCAGCAGCAGAAAGCCACUCUGAAUGCCAUGGAGACCAUUCUGCAGCAGGGCCAGCCAGGUCAGCAGAGCCAACAGCAACAGCAGCAGCAACUGGGAUUGGGUACGGAUGAUCUGCGCUACCAUGGCACGGAGCUGGUGAUGCUGUACGAUUACAAAGCGCAGGCUCCAGAUGAUCUAUACCUUUCCGUUCGGCGAGGAGACUGGAUUUACGCCGAUCUGACCAAUCAGACUGUUGACGGCUGGCUUUGGGCUUAUGCACCCAAAACCCGCAAAUACGGAUUUAUUCCGAAAGCCUACGCCAGACCGCCUGCCAUGACAAGUCUCUGAAAUUUUGAUUCACUUACAUUAUUAUUAUAGGUUUUACUUUACACUUACGAAUAUUGUUUUUAAGUCAUCUAUCCAUACAAUACCAUCAUAUCACAUAUGAUUUUGAUUGGAUAAUAAAUUGUGCCUUAGAUUUAUUUUGUAUGUGAGCUUGCAUAACACUUUGUAUACACUUAAUCUAAUUAAUUCAUCCUUAACUGUAGUUUGCCCAUAAGCGAAUAUCAAAAAUAUUUACUAUUGUAUUCCAUUCAGAACCAGCUUGGGCAGCACUUGCUAGCAUCUAGGUCUAUAUAUGAAUACUAAAGCACUGACGGGGCGUCGAGCCCCUCGAUAUGCA